AUCAGAUUUAAAACACAUGCAAAAUACUUAUAAAAAUAUUGAUAAUCGCAAAACGAUUAUCAGUUCUCCUAGUAAUUUUGCAACAAGAAAUGGUUCCUCUGAUCCAGAAUUAAAUAAAAGAGUAGCUCAAUUAACAAGAUAUAUUGUCCAUAAAGCAAACUGGGCUGCCAUUUCGACAAUAUCCAGAAAUGAAGAAAUAAAAGGAUAUCCCUUCAAUAACAUCAAAACUGUAGUAGAUGGUCCACAUAAUAACAGCACAGGAGUACCAUACUUUUAUUUGCCAACAGAAGACUUUGCUACUUUGGAUUUAGAAGAGGAUAACAGGACCACUAUAGCCUUUACAACUGAUGAAGACGGCUUUUGUCACAGACAAGGUUUGGACGUUGACGAUGCAAGGUGCGCCCGAGUAAUAAUUGUUGGACAAGCACAUUUUCCUGAACCCGGAUCAGAAGAGUACGAAUUUGCUUACAAAUCCUUGAUAUUGAGGCACCCAAAUUUGAAAAAUAAACCAGGCACACACAAAGUGACUGCAAUUGCACCAGAUGAUGUUCUUUUGGUUUACGGGUCUGAAGAGUUACGAUGUUCAACCGUGCCCUUAUAUUUUUCAUCAAAGCCAAAACAUUAUACGCUUCAGCAACUUCUAGGAUAAUGAUGAGAAACUUGCAUAAUGUUUUAAAUUAAACUCAAUCAGACAUAAACGUAUGAUGAAUUUUAUAAGUAUCAGUUUCAAGAAAUAAGCGAUUGUUUAUCAUAUUUGCCAAAUUCUUAUAUGAUCUCAAGCCCUCUUAAUUAAGUAAACAUUCA